AUGACGCGGUCCCCUGUUUUGCAGCUUGCCGGCAUGCGCCGGUGCGCACCGCAAAAGCCCUGCCCUCCUCCCUUCCCAGACGCGGGCCGCCGCAGCUCGGCGCUGCUGGGCGACUCGGCAUGGCUGGUGCAGGCGCGCGCGGGCGGCGACGCCGCGAGGGUGGCGCUGGAGCGCUGCGACGGGCAAGUCAAGGCGGUCGUGGUGCUGGAAGUGCAGCGGGCGCAGGUGCUGCUGCGGCCGCUGCAGGGCUGCGGCCCGCACAGCUGCCCCGAGCCGGUGCGGUCCUUGGAGGACGCGGUUCGCACUCUGGCCAAGUGCUCCGCCGCCAAGCAGCAGCUCGACCGCCGCGCCGCGGCGGCGGUGGCGGCGCUGCAGCAGCAGCCGGGCGCGGCGGGGCUGCAGAAGCUGUCGGCUGCAAUUGAGGAGGAUCUGGGCCCCGAGGCGGCUUGCGGGGGCGCGGCGGGGGAGGCGGCGGAAAUCUGCAGGUGGCUAGACGCGGGAGUGGUUCCCGCGUUGGUGGACCACGCGGCCGCCUGUGCCUGCCCGCAGCUGCACGCAGCCCGCCCUCCGGCCCGCCGCGGCCGCACCGACCAGCAGCGGGCGCACAGCCACGCCAACGCAAUCGCCGCGCUCGUGCAGCGCGCCGGCGGCGCGCGCGGGGCACACGAGGCGCGGCUGGCGGUGCGGUGCGUCCAGGGGCUGCUCGACUCGGGCGGCGCGCGGGCGGCGGCGCCGAUGCUGCACCUCCUGCUGGGUCUGCUGGACGGCGGCGGCGGCGGCGGCCCGCAGCAGCGGCGGCGGCCAUGGGCGCAGCAGCAGGAGCAGCAGCAGCAGCAGCAGCAGCAACAGGAGCAGGCGUGCAGCGCGUUCGCCGCGGCGGUGGUGGAGUCGCCCAUGCUGCUGGAGGUGCUGCAGGAUCUGUACUCACAAACGGCGUGGCACCUGCCAAUGGCCGAGAUGCUGGCCAAGAUAAGAGGCGAGUGGCUGCAGUGUGUACCCCAUCACAGCGGGUUGGCACUGGGGCUGCGGGAUGCGGCACACUGGAUCGGAUUGAUCGGGUUUGGACGGGGGUCUUGA